AGUACAACACUAUCAAUGACUCAUUUCUUUGCUCUUUCUCAACACUAUUUUCUUUCCUCUUUGUUAAUCAACAACACUCAUAAUGGAGCAAUUCACCAACGACGAUCUCGAAUACGUUAACGACGACUACUUCGAAUUCUCCGAUUUCGAAGACGACGAAACCUUCUCCACCAAUGUUCCUCAACACCGUACCUCCGAUGCCGCCACUCCCGACUCCGACUCCGAAGACGAGUUUGAUACGAGUAAUGCGAAGACGGAUACUUCUGCUUUGGAAGCGAGAAACGGGAAGGAUAUUCAGGGAAUUCCAUGGGAGAUGCUUAAUUAUACUAGAGAUGAGUACCGUGAAACUCGGUUGAAACAGUAUAAGAAUUACGAGAGCCUCACGCGCUCUCAUGAGGAACUUGAUAAGGAAUGUUUGGAAGUGCAGAAAGGGAAAUCGUAUUAUGAUUUUCAGUUCAAUACCAGGCUUGUCAAAUCAACAAUUGUGCACUUUCAGCUGAGGAAUCUGUUGUGGGCAACAUCAAAGCAUGAUGUAUACCUUAUGCAAAACUACUCCGUGAUGCAUUGGUCCUCAUUACUACGAAGGAGUAAAGAAGUGCUUAAUGUGGCAAAACCGAUUAUCCCAACCCUUCAGAAGCAUUCUGGAUUAGCUCACCCUAUCUCGCGAGUGCAAAUUAGCACCAUGGCUGUUAAGGAGAACCUGAUGGUGGCAGGUGGUUUCCACGGCGAGCUUAUUUGCAAGAAUUUGAAUCAUUCUGGAGUUGCAUUCUGCAGUAAAAUAACUACCGAUGAUAAUGCUAUAACCAAUGCAGUGGAUAUCUUCCGCAACCCCAGUGGGUCAUUGAGGGUCAUUGCAGCAAAUAAUGAUUCCCAAAUUCGGGUUUUUGAUUCAGAGAAUUUCGCUUCUCUUGGUAGUUUCAAAUAUGAUUGGUCUGUCAAUAAUGCUUCUGUUAGUCCGGAUGGAAAGUUGUUAGCUGUUCUUGGAGACAGUACUGAGGGCUUAAUAGCUGAUGCUAACACGGGAAAGAUCACUGGAAACCUAAAAGGGCACUUGGACUAUUCUUUCUCAUCUGCUUGGCAUCCUAACGGACAAAUUUUAGCUACCGGGAAUCAGGACAGAACAUGCAGGUUGUGGGAUGUAAGAAAUCUUUCGCAGUCCUUAGCAGUCUUAAAGGGAAGAAUAGGUGCAAUAAGGGGCUUAAGAUUCACAUCAGAUGGACGGUUUUUGGCCAUGGCUGAGCCAGCAGAUUUCGUCCAUGUUUUUGAUUCGCAAUCUGGUUAUGCACAUAGUCAAGAGAUAGAUAUAUUUGGUGAGAUUGCUGGUAUAUGUUUUAGCCCUGACACUGAGGCUCUGUUUGUUGGUGUUGCUGAUCGAAUGUACGGUAGCUUGUUAGAGUUCACCAGAAAACAUUAUUAUCAGUAUCUAGACUCAAUGCUUUAAUCUUAAGCGGGAUGUCUUCAAGAUGUACAGAGAUCUUAUCAUGUGCAUAUCCACAGGAAGAUUUCUAAAAUAGGUUUAUAAUUUGCUUUUGCAAGAUGUUUUUUUUUUUGCCGAACUUGGUGCUGCAAAUAGCAAAUUUUGCUCUACAGAGCUAAUCCGGUUAAGUUUUUUUUCCUUGUUUUAGAGCUUGAAUAUUGUAUAUUUGAAACAAUAUAAUUAAGCAUUUUAUUAUUAUAUUGCUUUGAACUUAA